GGAACACUCCCACUAGAAGGGGUUGUUUUUGUAUUAAGUAGGAAGUAUUAUUAAUUGUUAGGUCUAAUAAUUUUCCUAAUUCCAACCACUCCGGGACACAAGCAAAAAUUCUGAAACGAUUUUGCAGACAAAAAUACUGAAACGAUUUUGCUUAUCGAAAUUCUCUCAACUCUCCGAACAAAUUCACCCAUCAAAUCGCUGCUGCUUCAGUGUUUCUGGUCUUUAAGAACUUGCUCCGUGUAGUCCUCUGAUGGGUGCACCUAAACAAAAGUGGACUCCGGAAGAAGAAGCUGCUCUCAAAGCUGGUGUGCUUAGGCAUGGGCAGGGGAAAUGGCGCACGAUUCUCAAGGAUCCAGAUUUCAGUGGAGUUCUGUAUCUGCGUUCAAAUGUUGAUCUAAAGGACAAGUGGAGAAACAUGAGUGUCAUGGCAAAUGGGUUUGGAUCUAGAGAGAAGGCAAGGUUAGCUCUAAAAAAGAUGCAUCAAGCCCCUAAACAGGAUGAUAUCCCAAAAACACUAGCCAAUGUUGAAGCUCGAAGUGAUGAAGAUACAAGUGAAGCCAAGCCCAUUGCAACUUCCUGUGGUUCUCCAUUGGCUGGUGGUUCAAGAAAAUCUAUCAUAAGAUUGGACAAUCUUAUCAUGGAUGCCAUAAACAACUUAAAAGAGCCUGGUGGUUCCAACAAGGCUUCUAUCUCUGCUUACAUUGAGGACCAAUACUGGGCUCCUCCAGAUUUUAAAAGAUUAUUGUCUGCAAAAUUGAAGUAUUUGACUGCAACAGGGAAACUUGUUAAGAUGAAACGGAAGUAUACAAUAGCAAUGACUUUAAUAUCAUCUGAGAUAAGAAACCCUCCCAUUUUGCUAUUGGAGGGGAGACAGAAAUCAUCACCUAAACAACAGACCGACUCAAAGUUAUCCAAGAUGAGGAGCGCAACUCGUGAAGAGGCGGCAGAAGCUGCUGCCAGAGCUGUUGCCGAAGCUGAAGCUGCUAUAGCAGAAGCUGAAGAGGCUGCAAGGGCGGCAGAAGCAGCAGAAACCGAAGCUGAAGCAGCCCAAGCCUUUGCAGAAGCUGCAAUGAAGACUCUUCAGUGGAGACCCUCUCCUAGGAUGAUGAUCCGUGCUUGAUUGGUUUGCAAAAGGGCGGUGUACAGUCAUGAUCUGUGAGCACUCACUCACCUCCUGGACGCCAUAUUCUCUCCGUGGAUGUAAAUAGUGCAACUAUAUCGUUUGGUCGAACCCAUUUUAAGCCACCAAACUUGGCUUGCUGGCCCUAUUGAGUCACUCCAAUAGAAAGCUUAAAGCUCCAUCAAACCCUUUUAUUUUUUUCAUCUCCAUCUCAUUCAUUCAUACAACACCUUCCCAAAAUGUUCAAAAUGAAAUGUUUGCCAAGUUGUCCAAAAGGAUGGCAUGCGAAGGGCGAGCUAAGCUAGUCCAGAAUCAAGAAAACCAAGCCAACCCAAACUCAGUCAUAGUGGGUGAUUUGUUCAGUGAUUGUUUAUGAAUUAUUGUAUUGGAUGAAGUGAAGACUGAAGGGCGUGAAUAUUGACAGCUUUUUGUAUCUCAAUCAAUUUUAAUGUGUCAC